AUGAAGUCGCUUACAUUUAGUGUCCUACCAAAGUUCGAAAUCUUUGUGUUAUUAUGCAUCAUAAAUUCAAUUUACGGAAGAAUGUUUGGUGAAGAGGGAUAUUAUCCAGCCGGUUACUACGACAGCCAGCAAGUUCAAUACGAGAAAAUAAAAACUGCGCUUACAAAGCUGGAACACACCCCACAAUGGGUGAGUGAUUGGCCAGACCCAUCUAUUAGAAUGGGUCAGGUGUCAGGAGUAGCUAUAGACAACUCUGGCCAGGUGCUGGUAUUCCACCGGUCCCACAAUGUUUGGGAUGCAACUACUUUCAACAAUAGGGAUGUGUAUCAGGGUAUUGGUGAGAACGCUAUACCUGAACCAACUAUCUUGGUGCUCAAUGACACUGGAGAGCUUGUCGAUAUGUGGGGACAAAAUCUGUUCUACAUCCCGCAUGGUAUCACAGUGGACAAUGAAGGCAAUGUGUGGGUAACUGAUGUGGCUAUGCAUCAAGUCUUCAAGUUCACACCAGAUGAUAAAGUUAAGCCAAACAUGACGCUAGGAGAGAAGUUUAUACCGGGCAACGACGACAAGCAUUUCUGCAAGCCGAGUGCAGUUGCCGUUCUAGCCAAUGGUGACUUCUUCGUGGCGGAUGGAUACUGCAACCACAGGAUCCUCAAGUUUUCCCCAGAUGGCACUAUCAUUCUACAGUGGGGGAUAAGUCACGGCAACUCUCCGUUUGCGUUCAACGUGCCUCACGCGCUUACGCUAGCAGAGGACCGCGGCUUGGUCUGUGUAGCGGACAGGGAGCGAGGCAGGGUGGCCUGCUUCCGACAUGAUAAUGGAACCUAUGAGGGCAGCUUCAGCAGCUGGCUGAUGGGUGGACGACUGUUCAGCGUCGCUUAUGCUCCAGUUCAUGGUGGUCGCCUCUACAUAGUGAACGGACCAAACAGCUUACCAACGCCAGUGCCAGUUCGAGGCUUCGUGAUCGACUUCUCCACCGGCCGUCUCAUACAAACUUUUGCUCCUGACGAGGGUUUGAGAAACCCACACGACGUCGUUGUCUCAGCGGACGGCUCAAAGGUCUACGUAGCAGAAUUAAAUCCCUUCAGAGUGUAUAAGUUUGUGGAUGAAGCAUUAAAAAAUGAAAGUCGGUUGGAGAAGAAUGUGACGUCAUCGCAUGUGAAACCCACUGCUACUGUCGAGGUAGUGGGCAGCGUGGGGGCGGGCGGGGGCGCGUGGGAGUGGUGGAGCGGCGCGCUCGGGGGCGCGGGGGGCGCCGCCGCCGCCGCGCUGCUCGCACUCGCCGCGCUCGCCCUGCUGCGCGCCAGGAACACGGGUCGGAAAGGUGUGACCCGUCGUCGUUGGGAGUAUGGACACGGUGAGUUCAAGCUGCGUCGCCUUCUGGAGCGGCGGCGGUUCACGCGGGUACAUUCUGACGACUCGGACGAGGAGCCCGCGCCAAUGUUGCCACAAACAUUGCCCGCCAACGCAUGA